AUGGCUCGACUCCCCGUGGGCAUCCGCUUCAUCAUCUCCUUCUCCAGGGAUCAGUGGUACCGGGCCUUCAUUUUCAUGCUGACAUUCCUGCUGUACGCAAGCUUCCACUUAUCCCGAAAGCCUAUCAGCAUCGUGAAGGGUGAGCUCCAUAAGCAGUGUGCUGCAGGGGAUGAGCCUGAGCCCAGAUUCGGUGGCCCGAGCAGCAGUACCAGGCAUGGACCCACCCACUGGCUCCUGAACAACGAGACCGACUGUGGCUGGGCCCCCUUCGAUAAGAAUAACUACCAGCAGCUACUUGGAGCCCUGGAUUACUCCUUCCUAUGCGCCUAUGCCAUUGGGAUGUACCUGAGUGGCAUAAUAGGGGAACGCCUGCCUAUUAGGUAUUACUUGACUUUUGGGAUGCUGGCCAGCGGCGCCUUCACAGCCCUGUUCGGCUUGGGCUAUUUCUAUAACAUCCACAGCUUGGGAUUCUACGUGGUGACCCAGAUCAUUAACGGACUGGUGCAGACCACAGGCUGGCCCAGCGUCGUCACCUGCCUCAGCAACUGGUUUGGAAAAGGAAGGCGAGGCCUGAUCAUGGGGAUCUGGAACUCCCACACCUCCGUGGGCAACAUUCUGGGAUCCUUGAUUGCUGGCUACUGGGUGUCCACAUGCUGGGGACUGUCAUUUAUCGUGCCCGGGGCCAUCGUGGCAGCCAUGGGGAUAGUGUGCUUUCUCUUUCUCAUUGAACAUCCAAAGGACAUCAAGUGCUCCUCCACCCUGCCCACGCACUCCAAAAUCUCGGAGAACGGCAUGAACAGAUUUAGAUUGCAGAAGCAAACCACACACACUGAAAAGAAUGGACCUCUGGACCCAGAGCGGCAGUGUUUGCUGCUCUCUGAUGGGAAGAGCUCCCUCCACCCGAGCCACAUCGUGGUCCUUCCCAGUGACAGCAGUGGAAGCAUGGCAGCCAUCAGCUUCACAGGAGCCCUGAGGAUCCCGGGCGUGAUCGAGUUCUCUCUGUGCUUGCUGUUUGCCAAGCUGGUCAGCUACACAUUCCUGUUCUGGCUCCCACUGUACAUCACCAAUGUAGACCACCUGGAUGCCAAGCAAGCUGGGGAGCUGUCCACACUGUUUGACGUGGGCGGGAUCUUUGGUGGCAUCCUAGCAGGCGUGAUCUCCGACCGCCUGGAGAAACGAGCCUCCACCUGUGGUCUGAUGCUGUUGCUGGCGGCACCCACGCUCUAUGUCUUCUCCUCCGUCAGCAAAAUGGGACUGGAAGCCACCAUAGCCAUGCUGCUGCUCAGUGGGGCCCUAGUCAGCGGGCCCUACGCACUGAUCACCACCGCUGUCUCUGCAGACCUGGGGACUCACAAAAGUCUGAAAGGGAACUCUCACGCCCUGUCCACCGUGACUGCCAUCAUCGACGGCACUGGAUCUGUAGGAGCCGCCUUGGGCCCUCUGCUGGCAGGAUUCAUCUCCCCUUCCGGAUGGAGUAACGUCUUCUACAUGCUGAUGUUUGCAGACGCCUGCGCCUUACUGUUCCUGAUCCGCCUCAUACACAAGGAACUCAGCUGUCCAGGGCCGACUGCAGGGAUCCAGGCUCCGCUGAAGGAACACUGACCGUGACUCCUGGAGCACCUGGACACAUCUUAACACACACCGUCUUCGGAAAAGCAGAAAUGAAGGGUCUGUCUUAAAAAGGAAGCCACCUCGCCUUUGCAUAUGCAUCUGGGAGCCACUCUCAAGCCACCCUGAGACUUGCUGGACAGACAGACAUGGAGCUCAGAAUGACAAUGGGGAGUCUGCCUGGCUGUGUCCCACUGCCUUAAUGGGCCAAGGCCCAAUGGCCCAGCCAGUCCCAGCCUGGCAGGUGUAUGAUGCCCACUAGCCACUAAACUUGAGCCUGUACAGCUACAGGCAGGACUGGCCUGCACAGCACCUAGGCAGCCCACCCCUCUCAGGUAUCUAGUGUAGAAUGUUAUAUAGCUCGUGAGCCUGGGCCAUCCUGCUCUCCUGUUUCCUGAAAGUGCAGGGUGAAAGGACAGAACAUGUCACAAAUGUCCCAGCAACUAGCCAACAGCCUCUGAAUAGCAUGAGAAAGCCCGGUCACAGACAGAAACCAAGAUGGAGUCCACACCCAGCAGUCACGAAGACCCAUGCUCAGAACCAAGCAGGAAACUGUGCAUGUCAAGAUGUGAAUGACUGUGAAGCAAUAAGUCCCAACAAGACAGUGGCACUAGGAAGGCCAGUCCCAAAGCAUGUGCUGAGUCCCCUACAGGACUGAGAGAGCACAGAAGCUGGGUGCCAGGAGCAAUGGGUCCCACCCAGCCAUUCCUCUUACCCGAGACACCUAGGCUGUUUCUAGUCCCACAGGGAUUAUUUAUUUUAAAUGUAUAAUGUGUUAUAUAGAUUUUAAGAGAUAUAAAUGGGAUUUUGUUAUUUAUUAAGACAAACUAUGAUUGUUCUGUGGCCAUUUGUUGUCUUGGUUGUAUAUAUCUGCUCUUUGAAAUAAAUGAGCUUUUAUUA